UCACAAUGUCGCGGCAAGUUUAGGUUGGAGGUCAAGGUCGCCGUUGUUCAUGAUUCUCGUAUACAGUUCUUGAAACCAGUUUAGCGUCUUCCGGAUUGGUGUGAAAAAACAGUUGCGAUGCAUCUUGUUUCUUUCGCUGCAAACUUCCAGGAGAUUUUGAAGCAUGAGUUCACGUAUUCGUGAUCAUAUGAGAUUAUUCUUGUUAACUGUACUCAAUGAAGACCCCCGACUGUUGUCUUUAUGCACGCUAAAUGAAUUGACGUCUGUAUUUGUACAAGAAAUGAAUAUUGAACUCAGUGAAAAUUGCUACUCAAAGCUUAAACAUUUUGUGUGCUCUUUUUUGUAUAAUUUGAUGAAUGAUGAGGGAGUUGUAACAAAUGGUGUGGAUCCCCAUGCUCAGAAUUAUUGCUUAUCAGUUAAAAACUCUUCUUCUACACCCGAAACACGAAGACGUGUGGUCAUGCUUUCUCGUGAUGAAGUAAUGGCAUUGGCGGCUGCUACUGUUACUGAUAAAACAAAUCACGCUGUAUCUAUAUCAAACGAUGGGGAAAGUGUUAGUAAGCGUAUUAAACAAUUACGUCAAACUCCACUAAUUGGAACUAGGUCAACUGUUCGAACAUUUGUGAAUAAACCUAUAAUGAUUAAUGAAGUUAAAAGUCCAACCUCAUCUAAUUUAGAGGUUACUCCUCUUAGAAAUAUUCAACUCAUACAAACACCUAGAGUGAUUGAAUCAUCUAAUCAAAAAACGGAGUCUUUUAAAAGUAACUCUACUAACAACAAUAAUAAUUCAACUACAAUGUCUAUCAAUAAACCAAAUUUACCUGCAUUUAUUUUUCAAUCUUCAGUGAAUGAUUGUAAACGUCAUAUAUCUGUUCCGUCAUCUUCAUUUAAUUCUACCACUAAUACUACUACUAUUAAUAAUAGCAUCAAUAAUAUUUCAGCUACGAAAACAGGUAUAACAAUAAAGCGACAAUUAAGUGAAGCAGUGAUAUCAAGUUCAAAAAUGUCCUGGUAAACGUGAACUGUGGCUAACAGUGGAAUCCAUAACAAGCUUUUCGUUCUGUUUUGGACUCGUCAGCUGUCUACACCUUCAUCUAGUGUUGAUCUUUACACAAAAACUCGAACCAUAUAACUUCAAGCGCUAGCGCGUCACUCACUAAACUCCUGAGUCCACAUCACAACCAACUUGUUCAACAGUUCGACCUGCAACUAGUCGUUUGUUAGACAACAAUUAAAAUUAAUGGUUUCGAUACAUAUAACGAUCUCAACGUGUAUGGAUAUAGAGAAGAUCGUAUUCUCAUACUUCUGUUUUGGAAGCAUUCAUUUCGAUUCAAAGAAGAUAAGACGCUUAUUUUUUCGUUCUGCAUUUCUUUUCAUACACAUCUUCAUGUUAUUAUUAAUGUACGCAUAAAAAAAGAUGAUUUCCAGCUUUCUGAUUCUGUUAAACAACAAUCAAUAUGGAUGUCAUAGAUUUAUUUCUCUAAAUUUGUAAAUAAUCAGUAUUUGCCUGUUCACUGUUAUUAUUUAUACCACAGGUUAUUUUUAAAUACUGCAUAAACAGAGUUAAACAAUAGCUCUAUAAUCUUUCAUUUGUUCAUGAAAUCCAUGUAAAUGGUACUGUAUUCAAUAGAGAUUUAUUAUUCACCAUGUAUAAAUAUAAAUACAAAUAUAUAUUUCCGUA